UGGUUUUAGCGGCGAGACUAGGGCUGCGAGCGUCCAGUCAGCGAGCCUUCCCUUAUCUACCCAUGGAAUGCAACAGCUGCAGCAGCCUGUGAGCGCGCGUGCUGUCCAGUCAGUGUGUUUGUAAAGGGGGAGGGGGGACGGUCAUGGUGGGCCAGCAGGAACCCCCCUGAAAGACCCCCAACUCUCAACCCCCCACGUUCUCUCCCAGCCGGCCUCCUGAAAGACAGCGCAACCAAACACAAGCGUGAGAGACACACAGAGAGCGAGAGACUCGACAGAGCAGCACACUCCGAGGCAGAGAGAGAGAGAGAGAGAGAGAGAGAGAGAGAGAGAGACAGAGAGAGCAGAAAGUAAGGGAAGUGGAGCAGGGAGCCUCGGAGGGGGGUUGAGGAGGUGAGCGAAGGGUGAAAAGGAAGAGAGGCGAGGGAGAGGGAAAGACAAAAGAGAGGGAGAACCAGAGUGGAGGGAGACCAGAGGGAAAUGGCUUCGGAGGAGACCGCUGGAGGAGCUCGCAAAGCCACCAAGAGCAAACUAUUUGAGUUCCUCGUCCAUGGAGUGCGGCCCGGUAUGCCAUCAGGAGCACGAAUGCCUCAUCAGGGGGCCCCAAUGGGGCCUCCAGGACCACCAUAUGGAGGAAGCCCCGCUGUCCGGCCCGGACUCACCAAUCAGGCCAUGGAAACCAGUCGUAAACGGCCCGCUGCUUCACAGCAGCAGAUUCAACAGCAGCAGGCCAUACAGAAUCGAAACAGGAAGAAGCCUGUUGGAUUCCCGGGACCAAAUGAGAUGCCAGGGAGAGCGAUGGACACGAGAGAGGCUCAAUCAGAUCCCACACUCGGAUCAAAUGCCAAGAGGAGGAAGAUGGCUGAUAAGAUCCUUCCACAAAGGAUUCGUGAGCUGGUACCGGAGUCACAGGCGUAUAUGGAUCUGUUGGCAUUCGAGCGUAAAUUAGACCAGACCAUAAUGCGCAAGCGGGUGGACAUCCAAGAGGCACUUAAGAGACCCAUGAAGCAAAAGCGAAAACUGCGUCUCUACAUCUCCAACACGUUUAACCCUGCCAAGCCUGAUGCAGAGGACUCUGAAGGAAGCAUUGCAUCCUGGGAGCUGCGUGUGGAGGGCAAACUGCUGGAUGAUCCGGGAAAGAUGAAGAGGAAGUUCUCCUCAUUCUUCAAGAGUCUGGUGAUUGAGCUCGACAAAGACCUUUACGGCCCUGACAACCAUUUGGUUGAGUGGCAUCGUACCCCAACCACUCAAGAGACAGACGGUUUCCAGGUGAAGAGGCCUGGAGAUGUGAAUGUGCGCUGCACCCUGCUGUUAAUGCUGGAUUACCAGCCGCCUCAGUUUAAACUGGAUCCGCGUCUGGCUCGUCUGCUGGGAAUACACACACAGACUCGCUCGAGUAUCAUCCAGGCCCUCUGGCAGUAUGUCAAAACCAACAAGAUGCAGGACUCGCAUGACAAGGAGUACAUCAACUGUGACAAGUACUUCCAACAGAUCUUCGACUGUCCACGUCUGAAGUUCUCUGACAUUCCACAGCGCCUCACCAACCUUUUACUUCCCCCCGACCCUAUUGUCAUCAAUCACAUCAUUAGCGUCGACGCUAAUGAUCAGAAAAAGACGGCGUGCUAUGACAUUGAUGUAGAGGUGGAAGAUCCCCUUAAAGCACAAAUGAGCAGCUUCUUGCUCUCCACAGCCAAUCAGCAAGAGAUUGCCUCUCUGGACAACAAGAUCCAUGAGACUAUUGAGUCCAUCAAUCAGCUGAAGAUCCAGAGAGAUUUCAUGCUCAGCUUCUCCAGAGAUCCUAAAGGCUACAUCCAGGACUGGCUCAAAUCCCAGAGCAGAGAUCUGAAGUUGAUGACAGAUGUUGUGGGGAACCCAGAGGAAGAGAGGAGAGCAGAGUUUUAUCAUCAGCCUUGGUCCCAGGAGGCUGUUAGCCGUUACUUCUACUGCAAGAUUCAGCAGAGGAGGCAGGAGCUGGAGCAGGCCUUAGCCUUGAGGAACACCUAGUACUCACACCGACCACAUUCAGGAAACAUGGCUCAUUUGUGACAAUACAGCCUCCUCGUGGAGGUCCCUGCAUUAUUUUCCGCAGUGUCUAGGGUUUGUGUGCGUGUCCAGUCAUCAUUGUUGUUACUGUGACCUACAAUCCACCAUACUGGACCAAUCACAUCCUGUUACUCAAGCAGCCCCAUUGUAUAGUUAUGUGCAUUUGAGCCAAUCACAGUGCUGUGUCUUCCAUUCCUGGAUGAAAUCAUCUCACAAUGCUCUGUCUGGAUUUCUGGUUUUUAAUACCAAUCACAUCCACCAGCAUUUUGAACUUGAUGACUUCAGAGCCAGCUCAGUCUCCUAGACUGUGGAUCCAACGUCGAUUCACUUGUGAUUCAGCCUUUCUUCCUGUCAUUCAUCAAUCCCUGGCAUUCACACACAUUUUCCUUGUGGUUAACGUGUGUUUGGACUCAGGUAUUGAUGAUGUCUCUAAUUUAGUUACCGAUUUUGUUCUUGGGUGUUGUUCAAAAAGGUCAUUUUGUUACGUCUGUCAGUGUUGGGAAUCAGUGGAUCUCCAUUAUUAACACUUUUAUUCAGAAGUGUAUUUAUGAAGUACUUUGAGGGAGGCAGCUUUAAAGGGAGAAUCAUUCAGUAUUAACUCACAGGGUUAUGUCACUCAUGUCACAUUUAGCUAGGGUUUUUGAAGUAAAUAAUGUACCUAAACAUUGAUUAAAGAUUGAAGAAGGUUGUUUUAAUCAAGUAUUUACAAGCUAUUCUGACAUGUAAAGACGAAACAGUAACGACACCCACACUCAAGGUCCUUUUUUUUUUGUUUUUUUGGAUUGAAUUCUGUGUAGUUAAAUAAGUAAGUUUUCACAUAUACAAAAAAUUGGGCCAUAGCAGCAUGCUGACACAAGUUAUUCAGAAAUAUAAUCUACUUGUUAUGUCAUAUGUCAAGUGACAUAUUUGACGUAUCAAAUACUGUGUCUGGGUCAAAGCUUCCAUUUUAAAUAGAAGUACAAUCUCAGCUGCUGUUUGAGCACUGUACGUUAAUGGUACACCUUUAAGAUAAGCAUCCAGUGUACACUACAACCUGGGCUCAGUGUCCCAGUCACCAAUAUUUUAACAAGUCAGAAGAGGUGAAUCACUAUCUAGCCAACUGAGAUUUCAGUAUGAACUUAAAGGUUAGGAUCAGGAUUUUUUUUAGUAGUACUAUAGCACACCCUAAGUGUAUAUUAGCAUCAUUCGUUGUUUGUUUUUCGGAUCUAAGAAACGUCAGACUAGAAAGAUCAUCAGUCAGCUAGAUAAAAGUGAAUAUUCUGUAAAAUGUCUUUUCACAGACAUUUCUUUAUGCUUUACCAAAACCUUUUUUGUGCACCUGGCGUUACCAUCUUGUUGGAGAUGUUCCUUUGAAUCCUGCAUUUAUUUGUAUCCAUUUCAAUAGUGUUGUGUAAAAUAACAUACUGCGGGCAUUUGUGUUUUUUCACUAAUGUCCAGGGAGUUUUAUAGCAUUAGUGUUGUUCGAUGUUUUACCAAAGGUGUAAUUUACACUUAAAAGACAGUGUACAGACUUUGACUAGAUGAAGGACUUUUUAAAAGAUGAAGGAUGCAUUUUUAGAGAAUACACAUUUUAAUUUCCCAUUUCUCCAUAGCUGAGAAAACAGUGCUUUUAAAAAUUACUUUGACUCAUAGAGUCUUUGCACUAAAUCAUGGAUCAUAACGGAGCACUUCGAAUGGUUUCCAUGCUAAUUAUACGUCACCUAAACACAAAAGUCGAGAAAUGAAAUAUGAACUUGGGAAUAAAUGUCAGAUGACUUCUCAUUGGCUCUGGGUUUUGAUGGGGAACCCUCUGCUGCUGCUUUGCUGUCGGCUGAAGGACAGUUUGUCCUGGUCAAUUAUUGUGUUCUUGCAGUUUGCCUGUGAUCCUCACGCGUCUUCUCAUGAGGAAAAAAGAAGUUCCAGUGACCUGCGUGUUGUCACUCAAGAGUAUUUUUUCAGACCUAUGCAUGCUGCAUGGACACAUUUUUAUACUUUCAUACGAAGACAUGAGAAACCUUCUGACUGCUUGGGACUUGAUCAGAAGAGUACUGAGUUUCUUUAUUUAGUGACCCUCUGUCUGUGUCUGGGUCACAGCCUCUGCAUACAGUACCAACAUGUAAAGCAGAGGCCAUUUUAGGUCAUUUUUUUAUUUUUUGUUUUGUCUUUCAAAAAGACUUUGCAAUUUAAUAUGGAUAAGAGAAGCACACCAAUGAUUUUUUUACAGAGCCUGCUGGGCAACAACAGCACCUCCCAUCGAUUCUUGUGGGUACUACAUGUAUAGUCAGCCAUUUUGAACAUUAUAAACUUGAAGUAUAACAUCUACCUGUGUUGCUGCAUUAGUAACUGAACAAGGUUUUCUGUUCUUAUGUGUAAAGUAAGCUCUUCUCUAAUUCAUUAAAAAGCCACCAACUGCUUUACCUGACCAUCAUGUGGUCAAGGGUUCAGUGUUACCAUCUCUGUUGCUUGCAGUCAUAGUGUGGACCGUGCUGCCCUCCAGUGCUUCUGUAAAGGAAAAUAUCCAACCAUUUGGGUGCUAUAAAUCACGCUUAUUGGUAUUGCUUUGAUUAAAUGCCACACAAGUAUUGGAGUAUUCAGUACUAGAGUUCUCCUGGUUUAGGUUCUCCCUCAAAUCUUCAUUAUAACCAGGUUUUGGUCAUAGUGUCUGUCUUUUUCCUUGGUUUGUUCAUAGAAGUACUGCCAGCAGCAGACAUCUGAACUAGUCUAUGUAUUUUUUUCUCUCUCACACAGUCUGUAUAUGUUUGCUUUCUCAUCUUGUUCCACUGUUCAGCUAGAGAGAUCAAACCACAGACUUACAUGUGUAGCAUAGUGAGGAUGUAAAUAAACGAGCACUUGCCAAAGUUUGGGAAUGGAACACCAUA